GAUUAAUCCUGUGAUCAACCAAAGUCCCGGUAAGGAGUAUGGGAGACUCGGUCAGAAAUCGCCUGAGUGAUGCCUUGACUUCAAAGUUACAAGUGUUUCGUCAUGCAGUGAGACGAGUCCUCAUUUUGAUGAAACUAAGUCCUGUGACUUCAGAUAUAGAUUCCCGUCCCCCACACGACCUCCCCGCUGGGAGCCCAAAAAGGUCCAAAACCAAAAGACUUCCAUCAGAACAAGAAAUCCGCGCGGCGGAACUGUCACACGAAUAUAACUACCCCGACUUGUCCCUGCUGAAAAAGGAGGUACAUCAGCCGCCGCCACCCGAUAUCACCACACUACCAAGAAGCCAUGCAAAAAGGAAACGGAACGGGGAACGAUGUGGUGGAAGUCAACUGGGAAGGUCUUUGAGCGAUCUCUGUACAAACAGCAGGAAGUACGCAAAUCCACGUAAAAACGUGUCGAUGAAAGCCAAGUUAUUUGAGAAUCCGGAUGAAGAGAGCGAAUCGGAGGAAUAUCUGUACCCUACGCCAUCACCAAAGCAACCAGAAAAGCAGUUCUUUCCACCAAAUUCAAAACCACCAUUAGCAAAUAAGCCAUCCUUUCUGAAAAAAUCACCAGCUCAUGUCACUGCUAUGAACAACAUAAAUCAUGUAAACAAAGCCCGCGACUUUCUCUCCACGAACUUGCAGCGAAAACUCGAGAUUGCAAACAAGCCAUCUCCACGGCCAUGGAAACCACAAGAACAACAACCCACUAACAUGAACAAUCCCCCAGACUAUGUAGACAUGGGUAAUUUCAGAGAUAUUUCUUUGAGCUCAGAAAAGGGAAAACCUGUUGGAACUGUGAUGUUAAGACCAGUAGGGAAAGUGGCACCAAGUUUCGAAGAAAUUAAAACAGAAGUCCAACAAAUUUCAUCUAAAACAAACUUCAGUGAUCUUGGUGUAACCGAAUUAGUUGCUUGUCUUCGAAAAUGUGGACUCUGGGAAAUGGCAGACGUUUGUCAAGCGGAGAAACUGGAUGGCGCCUUCAUUAAUGAACUAUCUGUAAAAGAGUUACAGGAAUUCAAACUGACGCCAUUACAAAUGGUAAAACUAAAUAAGGUAAAAUCUGGUUGGAGACCAGUCACAACUCAGCUUUUGUAGAGGUGAUUUGUCUCAUUGUAGAUUGUCAUCUAGUGUGAAGAGUUUGUUUCCAGACCUUCUUCUAUCCCGGUGAAAAUUUAUUGAUAUUAGUGAUAUAUAGAUAUUGUCUAGAGUUAUUAUGUAGGUGAGUAGCACGGCUACUACACAUAAUAUUACCUGCAUUGUACUAUUUGUUGCAAAUUUUGAUCACUGUUUUUCAAAAUUCACUUCGAUUUUGAAUCAUUGUUUGUUUUUUUUACUUAUAAAACAACA